AUGAGCUACGGUCCUGACUGGAAGCAUGUGGCCGGCUCCACUGAAGGACUGUCAGCCACCUGCUAUCGAGGAGAAUCCUAUCGAUUUGUACCUGAUCUUCCCAUUACCGCCACGUUCUCCAGCACUAGUCCAUACAAAUGGCCUCAAAUAGUAUUUUCGUGCUACGGUAAUGAUCUACUGGGACAUGACGUUGUUCGAGGAUACGGUGCACUUCCAAUACCAACAAUUCCUGGGAGCCAUGUACGGAUCGUGCCCUGUUUCGUGCCAGAGGCUUCUUCCACAUAUCAGAAAUUUGUCGGCAUUCUCAGUGGAAGACGACCGGAGUUUGUCGACCCUUCACACGUUGCGAGGGCAGACGCGCGUCAUGCAACUCGAGUCACUACUCAAGGAAAAUUGGUCGUCCGUGUGGAUGUAAUUUUGAAGGACAUAGCUAAAUUUGGCUUUCAAACAGUCCCACGUCGGGGAAUCCCAUCCAACGAUCCGCCCGCGGCUGACUUGUCAGGAUUGCGACUUGGCAAGCAAAAGAGGCCCGUUGAAGACCGCGAAGUGUCGACACCGGCUCAGAGUGACGACAAAGUCGUAGAAGAAGCACCGUCAACUCUACCACCCGAAGACAUGCCACGGUCACUGCCAACCCUAGAGGAUUGA